AUGUUGUGCUCAUCUUGGCUCGCUGCUGCUAUUAAUAAUGUACGAUCACGACGUCGAGAAGGUCAACUGAGGGAUGAAAUAGAUGUUGGAAUGCCCUCAAGGUGCCUUUCAACCCCUCAGUCACUUAAUCGCAGUAUUCCCUGCGUAUAUGAAAGUAGCGAAUUUACGCCUGUACGCUCUACUUCGUACAUUGAUGGAUUACCAUAUUCUGAUGAUGCUCGAACAGCUGUAGUUGGUCCAAAUAAUAUAGUUCAUCGAGGUCGAGAAGGACCAUCCUACGAUUAUGAACCAUACAAGGACAACAAUAAUACGAAGAGUAGUGCUAACAAAGGCAACAAUUGUACAAGUAGCAUUCGAACAUAUUGCAGUAGUGAUAUUGCUCGAACAUAUACUUCACCUACAGCACCAAUAGCAAGGCAUGAUUCUGAUAUUCCUCCAUCAUAUCAUACUCAUAGGCGAAGCACUCAUCCAGAAGAUGGUAUGACUUUCAAUCAUUUUUUGUAG